UGUUCUUUGGAUAAUGAAUACUGAUAGUGAUAAGUUUCAAACCGAUAAAUACUUGACAAAUGAGUAGUCUCUCUUUUACCUUAUACAUACACACUGACUGCGAGUUCCAAAUUCUGACCUAUUUUCAAUUUGUUUAUGUGUACUAAGCUUAAAUAUUAAAUCUAUACUAUGUCUACUGUAUCAUUCAUUAAAUCAACAAAAGGCAAAGUUAUACUUGCUACAGUAGCGGCUUUACAUCUGGCAAUUUACGUAGUGAAACCAUCUUAUUUCAAGGGCAAUGAAGAUAAGAAAGGUUACGAAGCGCCACCUAAAUAUCUGCCAUAGAACAGUACGACCUUGGUAAAGAUCUGAACCCGGAAAUUAUUCGCACACAAAAAACAAAUACAUUCAACUGAUUCAUGAUUUAUAAAACAGCCGCAGUUUCCGUAGCUAGUCUGCUUCGUAAAGGUUUGUCAAGUAACAUCACAAGAACAAUGAGUUCAGGAAGAUAUAAAGUAUAUAUUACUCGCUCUGAUAUGCCUGAAUGUGGGGUUGAUUUGCUUAAAAAACAAUGUGAAGUUAAAAUGUGGAGCAAAGCAUCUCCCAUUCCACUCGAUGAGUUUAAGAAGUCAAUAUGUGGUGUUAAUGCUAUUUAUUGCUCUCUUACUGAUAAAAUAAACAAAGAGAUUCUCGAUGCUGCUGGAUCGGAGUUAAAAGUUGUAGCAACAAUAUCUGUUGGUUAUGACCACAUUGAUGUUGCAGAGUGUAGGAAACGGGGUAUUAGGAUUGGAUACACACCAGAUGUAUUAACAGAUGCCACCGCGGAACUUACAAUGGCUCUGUUAUUGUCCACAUCCAGACGUCUUCCAGAAGCACAACAUGAAGCUAAAACUGGAGGUUGGGUAUCUUGGGCGCCUACAUGGAUGACAGGACCUGGCCUAGCUGGAUCUACUGUUGGCAUUGUAGGAUUGGGCAGAAUAGGCCAAGCUAUUGCGAAACGCAUUAAGUCAUUCAAUCCCUCUAAGAUUCUCUACUUCAACCGAAGUGAAAAACAAGAAGCAAAGGAAUUUGGUGCUAUGAAAGUGAGCUUUGAUGAACUUUUGCGCAGUGAUUUUGUCAUAUGUUCUACUGCAUUAGUACCAGAGACAAAGGAGAUGUUCAAUAAAAGUGCAUUUGAAAAAAUGAAACGUACAGCCAUUUUUAUAAAUACAAGUCGAGGUGGCACUGUUGAUCAGAAUGCUUUGAUUGAAGCACUUCAGAACAAUACAAUAAGAGCAGCCGGCUUGGACGUUACCACUCCAGAACCUUUACCAUUAGACAGUCCAUUAUUUAAACUAAAGAAUUGUGUUGUCUUACCUCAUAUUGGUAGUGCUACCAUAGAAACUAGGAACACUAUGAGUGAAUUAAGCGCUAAGAACAUACUAGCUGCUUUGAAUGGUGUUGACAUGCCUGCUGAAUUAAAGUAACAGUGCUAAUUAUGGGUUUUGACUAGUAUAAUAUAUUUUUUGUGGAUUUUACCAUAAUUAUUUGAUAAUAAUAUAUAAUAUUAAAGUUGA